AUGAAGCUCUCCCUAUUGGCCGUCGCAGGUCUGGCGGCCCUGUCGCAAGCCACCCGAGUCAAAAGAGACCACGCCAAUAACGACUACUAUGUCCUUCAUCUCGCACGCGACGCUGAGCCCGCGCAGGUCGCGGCACGCCUGGGCCUGGAACACCAGGGCGAGCUCGAGUUGGCAGGUCACCACGUCUUCCGGGCGGCGAAAACCGAUACCGACCUUGUCGACACGGAGAUCAAGGCGCGGAAAAGGAGAAAACGAGACAUCUUAGACGACAGGGCCGAUGUCGUUGACGGUGUGCUUCUUUCCCAAAAACAGACACUUCGAUCGGGGCAUUUGGAGAAACGCAUCCCGCCCAGGCAGCUCAUCCCGGCGGGCUGGUCCAUGGCGGCAGCAAGCCCACAGCAACCGGUCGACUGGGCGGUCCAACGGCAAACCGAGGUCAUGCGCGAUCUCGACAUUUCCGAUCCCAUCUUCACCGAGCAAUGGCAUCUCUACAACACAGUGCAACCAGGACACGACGUCAACGUCACCGACGUCUGGAGCCAGGGUAUCACUGGCACUAACGUGACGGUGGCCAUCAUAGAUGAUGGGCUCGAUAUGUACAGCAACGAUCUCAAGGCGAACUAUUUUGCCGCAGGCUCCUGGGACUACAAUGACCACGACCCCGAACCGAAGCCUGUGCUCUCUGACGAUAGACAUGGCACGCGGUGCGCGGGUGAAGUGGCAGCGGCGCGAAACGACGUCUGCGGCGUGGGCGUUGCAUACGACGCCAACAUUGCCGGCAUUCGCAUUUUGAGCGGUGAGCUCACCAACGCUGACGAGGCCGAGGCUAUGAUCUACAAAUACCAGGACAAUGACAUUUACUCGUGCUCCUGGGGUCCUCCCGACGACGGCAGGCACAUGGAGGCGCCCGACAUCCUCAUCAAGAGAGCCAUGCUGCAGGGUGUCCAAGAAGGUCGUGGGGGCAAGGGGUCCGUGUAUGUCUUUGCCAGCGGGAACGGCGCCGCCCAUGGCGACAAUUGCAAUUUCGAUGGGUACACAAACUCUAUCUACAGCAUUACCGUGGGCGCUGUGGACCGUGCCGGCAACCACCCCUACUACUCGGAGCAUUGCUCAGCCAACCUCGUGGUCACUUACAGCAGCGGCGCCGGCGACUCCAUCCACACCACCGAUGUCGGCGUGGACAAGUGCUACGAUGGCCACGGCGGCACGUCUGCUGCGGCGCCUUUGGCUGCCGGCAUCUUUGCGCUUGUCCUCUCCAUCCGGCCAGAUCUGUCGUGGCGUGACCUCCAGUACUUGGCCCUGCACAGCGCCGCUCCCGUAGCCGACACCAACGCUGGGUGGCAGGACACUGCCAUCGGCAAGCAGUUCAGCCACAUCUUUGGCUAUGGCAAGGUGGACUCCUGGGCCAUGGUGGAGAUGGCCAAGGACUGGGACCUGGUCAAGCCCCAGGCCUGGUGGUUCUCCCCUUGGCAACACGUCAAGAAGCCCAUCCCCGAGGGCAAAGAGGGUCUGUCGGUGCACUUUGAUGUGACCACCGACAUGCUCAAGGAGGCUAAUCUGGAGCGUGUGGAGCAUGUGACGGUGACGAUGAACGUGGAGCACACACGCCGCGGUGAUAUCAGCGUCGAUCUCAUCAGCCCCGAAGGCGUCGUGAGCCACAUUGCCACAGACCGUAUGAGUGAUGAGGAGAAGGCUGGCUACGACGAUUGGACAUUCAUGAGCGUUGCUCACUGGGGCGAGUCUGGUGUCGGAAAGUGGACCAUUAUUGUCAAAGACAACAAGGUCAACAACCACCAGGGUGUAUUUGUUGACUGGCACUUGAAGCUCUGGGGCGAAUCCAUCGACGCCGAUAAAGCCACUUUGCUGCCCAUGCCCAACCCAGACGAUGACGCUGAUCAUGACAAGACCAUCGUCCCCACGGUGACUGCUGAGCCAUCUACAGCCACCGCACCCCCUCGUCCCGACGAGACCUUUGUGCACGACACGCAACCUACAGACCACCCGGUGCGUCCUACCAAGCCCGCCAAGCCGAACCCUACGCAGGAAGACAAGGGCAGCAUGACCGGCCAAGCAGAAGAGGCCAGCAGUGAAGCCACCCCAUCGUCUGAGACUUGGAUUUCCUGGCUGCCCUCUCUGGGGGCUUCCAAGGCUGCACAGCCCUGGAUCUACGGUGCGCUGGGCCUCAUUGUCGCCUUCUGUAUCGCUCUGGGCAUCGCGCUCUUCAUCGUACGCCGUCGUCGCAUCAAGAACGACUCGCGCAGCAACUACGAGUUCGAGAUGCUGGAUGAGGAGGAGAGCGAAGGUCUCACCGCGGGCGAGAAACCCGCCGGCGUCGCUGGGGGCCGCAAGAAAAGGCGCGGUGGCGAGCUGUAUGACGCAUUCGCGGGCGGCAGCGAGGAUGAAGACGAGGGUAGCGAGUUUGAUCGUUACGAAGAUCGCGAGCCGUCGCAGAGCGCGCGUAGCCUGCCUGGAGAGCGGGAUGGCGACCAGUUUGCCCUUGGUGGCGAGAGUGAUGAGGACGACUCAAAUGACGAGGCCAGAGAAAAGAGGCGCCCGACUUGA